AUGGUCCAACUGUCCACCUAUCUUCAUAAGGAAGUGAUAUCGUUGUUUAAGGAGAUCAAAAUCAGCCCCGAAGAGUACGCCCUCAUGAAAAUGAUCUGCUUCUUCAGCACUACCGCCAUCCUCACCCAAAAGAGUGUUAAUGUGGUCCAAAGAGCACGAGUGAAGUAUGAGCAGCUGUUGAUGGAAUACAUAGUGGAAGCAUAUCCGGACCUGAAUCGGGAGGAGCGUCAGAUGAGGAUGGUGAAGAUUGCUAGUGCGAAUCGACAUUUUUUGCAACUCGGCAUCCUCGACAACGCCUACAUCACCAAGAUGUUUUCCUUGAACAUGGCCAACUUGCGCAAGCAGUACAUUUUGAUAUGCACC